AUGGAUUUUUGCUACAUAGAUGAGAUUGGUGCAUCAUCUAAACCAUAUUGUGACCACUCUUGUACAAAGUAUCCUUGCAAAGCAAAAAGCUACCACGGAAGAGGGCCGAUUCAAUUGACAUGGAACUGCAACUACGGAGCUGCUGGGAAAUACCUUGGCCUUGACUUGUUGAAGCAUCCCGAACUCGCAUCGACAAGCCCUGGUGUGUCCUUCAAGACAGCACUUUGGUACUGGAACACUAGGGUUCAUUCUAAAGUGAGCAAAGGAUUUGGAGCUACUAUCCGUGCUAUAAACGGAGGCGAAUGCAAUGGUGGAAGCCCUGCCGCGGUCAAAAACCGUGUUAAGUACUAUAAGAGCUAUUGCAAGAAGUUCAAAAUUACUCCUGGUCCUAACGUUUCUUGCUAA